AUGAAAACCCUUUUACAUAACGUCGCCACCGCUGGUGGCCUAUCUAGGAAGAAUGACACUGUGCUACCCCGUGCUCAUUCCAACCUCUCUGUGCCCUCUCGCAAUUUUUCUACCCCCACGUCCUACAAAUACGAGGAAAAACACACUGUUUUCGAUCAAUUCAUCCCAGACCUCGGCAAUGGAACCACAGCAAUUGCCAAGGUGUGUGCAUCCUGGGCGGUGCUUCUCGCCUCACACAGAGUUGCGGGUGAGUAUAGGAUGAUGUCCCCUGAAUCAGGCAAUAUAGUGGGCUCUUUGAAUGAGCCCUUCCAAUGGAGCUUGCGUGUAGGCGACUUGAUCCGCAAGGUUGAAGCGCAGUUGGCUGGCUACCUUCCGAGUACAUCCCACACAACAGCCUUUCAGGGGGAGCUGUUUAUUAUAUCGAUUGCCCGUGAACAACCUAGCUUGAGACACAUUACGCUCGAGUGCCAUGUUCAACAAGACAAAAUAUGUGUCAAGACAGUGGAUCUCGGCAACUGUUCAGAUAAGGCUCUUUUGCUGUAUCUUGGGAGUCAAUAUGAGAAUGUUAUUCGUGCUAUUUGUAUGCCUGGAAGUAUUGAGACACCUGUAUCUGAUUUCAAGGUUGUUUCAGUUUAUGAUCUUGACAGGAUCUGGACUUGGAAUGCCCAAGCUCCUCAAAGUGUCGAUAAUAUCUGCAUUCACAAAGCAUUUAUGGCGAGAGCACAGCAGCAUCCAGAAAUUCUGGCGCUCGAAGCUCAUGACGGUACGCUAAAUUAUCGCGAACUGGAUGAUCUCUCCACUCGUCUGGCCCUCACGAUUAUUCGGCAAGGUAUCCAGCCGGGAAACAUUAUACUAGUCUUCAUUGAGAAGUCGCUUUGGGUUCCAGUAGCUCAGAUUGCUAUCAUGAAGUGUGGGUGCGCCUCCACCAUUCUCGAUGCGUCACUUCCCUUGAAGCGCCAGCAGGCGAUCGCUGAGCUGGUGCAGCCAUCCGCUAUCAUUACCUCACCCGGAUGUACCGAUCAGGCGCAAAACCUCGGGCUGGGAUGCCCGAAUUUCACCCUGAAUCAUGAUUUGAGCCAUUCAUGGUUGAGCGCCACGCAGGAGUCUCUGCCUAUCGUCGACCCCUCGGCCUGGCUGUAUGUUGUGUUUACCUCCGGUAGCACAGGCACCCCCAAAGGCGCGAUUAUCAGUCAUGCCAAUUAUGCUAGCGCAGUGGCUCUCCAGCAGGAGCGUCUCGACUUCCGAGAAUUCGACCGCGUCUUUGACUUUGCCUCAUAUGCCUUCGAUGCGGCCUGGUGUAAUAUGAUCCACGCUUUAACCAUUGGGGGCUGUCUCUGCAUACCCUCAGAUGAAGAGCGAAAGGGAGAUCUUGCUGGCGCUCUGCGGAAGUACCAGCCUAAUUAUGCCGUUCUAACACCUUCAGUGGCAUGGUUCCCAGCGUCGGAGCUACCCAGCAGCCUGCGGACCUUCCACUUCGGAGGCGAGCCCCUCAAACCCGCAAUUGUGAAAGAGAUGUCAUCUCAAGCCACCGUCAUCAACGCGUAUGGUCCGGCUGAAUGUUCAACCGUGAGCACCGCCGUGACCACGGAUCCCGAGGACGAAGACGAGCCUACUAUCGGUACGGGGGUAGGUGCUUGCACCUGGAUUGUCAAAUUAGACGGAUCAGACCUGGUCCCUAUCGGAGCAGUGGGAGAGCUCUGGGUAGAAGGCCCAAUUGUCGGACAAGGCUAUUUGAAUGACCCAGUGAAGACCGCAGCGAGCUUCGCGUUUGGUGCAUCAUGGCUUGCCCGCGGAUGUCCUAGUAUUGCGGGUAUCAAGGGCCAUACUGGAAGAAAAGGACGCCUGUAUCGAACAGGUGAUCUGGUUCGUUACCGAACGGAUGGAUCUCUGGAGUUUGUCGGCCGCAAGGACUCUCAGGUCAAGAUUCAUGGACAGCGAGUGGAACUGGGCGAAAUCGAGCAUCACCUCGAGCAAGCGUUGACAGACGAGGCUCAGGAGAAGAAAGUGCAGAUCAUUGCAGAGAUCAUCCAGCCGGAAGGCAGCAAGGUGGCUACGCUCGUCGCCUUUCUGUUUCUGCUGGCGAGCUCGGGUGCAUCGCCCACAGAGGCCAAUAUCAUUCUUCGACAAUCUAUAGAGGGCAUCGAAGAACGACUAAGCGGGCGAGUUCCCCCGUAUAUGAUCCCAUCAGCCUUUCUCCCGGUGGAACAAGUACCUAUGACACCCACCGGCAAGGUUGAUCGUCGACAGCUUCGAAUCCAAGGCGCCAAAUUGUAUUGGCAGCAGCUGGGCGACGAAUCUGCGACUGAAGGGGCAGAGGCGGGGUCAAAACUAGAAACGGGCAUUCGCAGAAUCUGGAGUGAGGUAUUGAACCUACCCGCCAGCAAGAUCAGCCUCGACUCAGCCUUUACCCGUCUUGGGGGGGACUCAAUCACUGCCAUGCAAGUUGCUUCGCGUGGCCGCUCGCAAAAUCUUGCCAUCAAAGUCACCGACAUGCUUAAGCUUCAGACCAUCCGAAAAAUUGCCCAGGUGUGCGGGGUUGCGCACGCGAAAAAACCUGUGAACCUUGUACAGGAAGAUGAAAGCAAGCCAUGGCCGUUGACACCGAUUCAAGAAAUUUUCUUUGGGGACAACCCUCAGGGUAUCAAUCACUACACCCUCAGUUACAUAGUUAAGCUAGCAAGGCAGACAACGUAUCAAGAACUGGCCUCCGCGUUACUGAGCCUCACAACUCGCCAUAGUGUGCUGCGUGCCCGCUUCCGCAAACGAACGGAUGCACCGACCUGGGAACAGUUUGUUGCGCCAGCAGGGCCCAGCUCAUUCCUUCUCACAGUGCAUAAAUUUGUCGAUCGAAAAAGCAUGCAACAGGUGGUUGACGAGCGCCAGGCCUCCAUUGACCUGAUUGAUGGACCUGUCUUUGCCGUGGAUGUCUUCGAGGAUGAUACUGAGCCACAAUCGCUGCUAAUGAGCGCGCACCAUGCGGUGAUGGAUCUUGUUUCCUGGCGUGUCGUAUGGCAUGAAUUGAGUCAGUCACUAUCGGGGACCACUUCUCUGCCUCCACCUUCUCUCUCUUUCCAAACAUGGUGCCGCGUACAGCUCGAAGACGGCAAGUUGCUCCACCCAGCCACCGUUCUGCCUUUCGACGUCCAUCCGGCAAACUUCGAAUACUGGGGGGUGACUCCAGGGGAAGUAUUCUAUCGAGAUUCGGUUGGACAUCUCUCUGUGGUCAACUCCCAAGCAACUUCGCUUCUGCUAGGAGCCAGCAAUGACUGUUUCCGUACCGAGAUACUAGACAUCCUCCUCGGUUCGCUCAUCUUUUCCUUUGCUCAGACAUUCCCUGAUCGCAGUCCGCCUCCAGUCUUCAUCGAAGGCCAUGGUCGCGAGCCUGUGGACGGAAUGGAAGAUUUAGACCUAUCUGAAGUCAUCGGAUGGUUCACUACCUUCCUUCCUCUCGAUCUUGGCGGAACACCAGCUGACUCGAUCAUUGAUAUGAUCAAAUUCGCCAAAGACAUUCGAAAGAAGGUCCCCGGGAAAGGUAGGCCUUAUUUUGCCUCUCGGUUCUAUAGCGAGGCUGGAAAGGUGGCAUUUGAAUCCCACAAACUUGUUGAGCUGCUUUUCAAUUAUCGAGGCUCUUUUCAGCAGCUUGAGGACGCCAGGUCUAUUUUCAAGCUUGAGGACAGGAUGGACCGCAACCUCUCCAUUCCUGGCGAUGGCCCGGACUACCAGCGACCCUCGCUUGUGGACAUCAAUCUUGUCGUCCAGCAAGGACAGUUGGAAAUCCGAACACGAUCCCACAGACAUAUGCGAAACCAUGACGCCGUCACUAGUUGGAUGGAUCUCUAUGCCAAGUCUCUCAGCAGCGUAGCAUAUGACCUGGCGAAUCGGUCGGCAGGAUUUACGCUCGCUGAUUUCCCGCUCUUGGAUAUCUCGUAUGCCGGGCUCAAGGCGCUGAUGACGGAGCAUACGGGAAUCCAGGAGACUGACGUGCACGAUAUCUACCCUUGUACGCCCAUGCAGGAAGGCAUCCUAAUCAGUUCCAAUAUUGGCACAGCCUCUUAUCACAGCGUCUCAAUCUGGCAGGCAGUCUCGGAAAGCACAGCCGUCUCGGUCACCCGUCUGGCCGCAGCAUGGAAGGCUGUCUUUCGCGUGCAUCCUGUAUUCUCGACUAUCUUCGCCACUCAUCCUGACACCGGGAGAUAUAUCCAGGUGGUAUUGAAUAACCCAAAUGAGGUUUCAGUCUGCCAAGCACCACACUCGGUGACUGCGAUCGAGCACCUAGGCCAGAUGCAGAGUUUCCAGGCCUCACAUUCGCAACCCGAGUGUUUAGUCACAAUAUGUUCUGACCAGCAGGGCGAAGUCGCAUGUCGCCUUGAGAUAACCCACGCGCUCAUGGAUGCCCUGUCAUUGCCUGUAAUCGUGAGGGAUCUUGAGCAGGCUUACUCUGGGCAAGUUCUGUCAUUGCGGACGCCAUUCCGCAACUAUGUGGAGCACAUUCAGCGAACACUGGCCAAAGAUCGAUUGUUGUACUGGAAAAAGUAUCUUACUGGCGUGAAGCCUUGUAAUAUAUCACAAGACAGAGCAUCCGUUAGGGGAAAGUCGGACCCAACCGGUCUCUAUGGGUGGCUCACCCUACCUACUGCUGUGACAGCCCCGAUUGCGAAGACUUCCCGUGAGAUGGGUCUUACUCGCUCCGCAUUCUUGCACCUUGCUUGGUCCCUAGUUCUGUCAUAUCUGACAGGAAUGCGGCAAGUCUGUUUUGGGUACCUUUCGUCUGGCCGCGAUACCCCUAUUGAUGGCUUAGAGGAAAUUGUUGGGCCCCUACUCAAUAUGCUAAUUGCACGCGUGGACUUGGAACAGCCUUUGCCUGAAAUUAUAUCCACGAUCAAUGAGUACAACAUCGAACAUCUGGGAAAUCAACACGUCUCGUUGGCUGAGAUUCAACAUGAAAUUUCCACCAAUCGUCUUUUCAACACAAAUAUUACAGUUCGUGAGGCUCGAUUGGACUCUAGACCCGUGGAUGGUAGCAUGAGGCUGGUGGAGAUCUCUGAGGUGGAUCCGCAUGAGUACGACAUGAUAUUGGCUGCCACUCUCAACAAUGAUGAUACCGAGGUCAAGAUCCAAUAUCGAACUAGCUAUAUAUGCUCAGCCAACGUCGAGGAAGUCCGAGCUUAUUUAGAGGGUGCUAUUGAGUUCCUCUGCUCAAUCACACGCCGGCAGUCAGAGAUCAAGCACUGCGACUCGCUCUAUGAUGCUUACGUCUACCAUAUCAUUGGCACUGAUGAAGCUUCCGCGCUCGAGGAAUGGAAAUCGCGCUUUACGGACCUUGAUGCUGGUAGCCAUUUCCCCGCCUUGCCCUACCCGGCUCACAAAUCACAUGUCGCCGCCUCCGUAUCUUAUACGAUCGAGAGCCUGUCAUGGCGGGAUGACUAUCAGACAAACACGCAGGUCCUCGCAUCCUGGGCUCUUCUACAAGCGUCCUAUCGAGGUUCAUCUGACGCUCUAAUCGGAACUGGCCCGCUGGGCUCUGAAUAUGGAACUAAAACCGGUGCCAUCUUGCCCAUGCAGAUUCCUGUGGCCCUUGAUCAGCCAGUUUCCUCAUAUCUGGAUGUGGUGCAGUCGACUAUCAAGACUUACCAGGCCUUGCCAAAACUUAGUCAAUAUCGGCUGCGCGACCUCGGUGAUGAUUUAGCACUAGCAUGCGACUUCCAGACGAUCUUGUCCAUCGACAACGAACCAGGCCCUACCGUGCUGCCAGAUUCCGGUCGAGCACUUUCCCUGCAAAUACAUGCCUUGGCGUCCGGGGCUCAUCUGGUUGCGAACUUUGACCAGCGCAGUAUCAGUACUGAGCAAGUUCAUCGUCUUUUCCCACAAUUGGAAACGGUGAUACGCCAAAUUUGCUCCUCCGCCACUACGUUCACAACGGUCGCUGAGAUUGAAACUGUCAGCAAAGGCGAUCUUGACCAUAUCGCCAGUUGGAACCAAAAAUUAUGGCCGAAUGCUCAAGAUCUAGUUCAUGAUCUGAUCUCGCGUCGAGCAGAGACUAUGCCCGACGCCCCAGCCAUUUCCUCCUGGGACGGAAACCUCACGUACCGACAAAUAGAUCGUCUGUCAACUCGUUUGGCCCACCGGCUAGUGCAGCUCGGGGUCAAAACUGAAGUCGUCGUGCCGAUUUACUCAGAAAAAUCCAUGUGGGUGCCAGUGUCGGCCGUAGCGGUCUUAAAAGCUGGCGGGACUGGCGUCAUGAUCGACUGCAACGAGGCUAUUGAACGAGCAUGUGGCAUUGUCAGCCGUGUCAGUGCAAAUAUCGUUCUCACCUCUCCUUCCAGCUAUGAGAGAGCGACCGAAUUUUCAGGGACGCAACUGUUUGUCGUCGAUCAAGCGCAAAUGGACCUCCUUCCAGACCCCGAAACAGGGCUUUCUCUACCCCGCGACGUUCAGCCGUCAAACCUCGCCUAUAUUUCCUUCACAUCUGGGAGUACAGGACUCCCCAAGGGGGCGAUGAUCACGCACUCUUGCUUUACAUCCUCAAUCAGGCACCAGCAACAAUCCCUGGGCUUCAUAGCCGGCCAACGCGUCUAUGACUUUGCCUCAUAUGCGUUCGAUGUCAGCUGGUCCAAUCUCCUGCACUCCCUCACCUCGGGCUGUUGCUUAUGUAUCCCAUCUGAGUUUCAGAGGAAAAACGCCCUGUCUGACUCUAUUCGAGACACUCGGGCUACUCUUAUCAAUGCAACCCCUACGGUUCUACGCCAUCUCGACCCCAAAGAAUUACCUGACUUGGAACAAAUCAUCAUGGGUGGGGAGGCGUGGGACGAGGCGGAUUUUGUGGACUGGAUCGACAACAAGAGGUUAAUUAAUGGCUACGGCCCUGGAGAAUGCACCAUCAAGGCCUGCUUGCUGCGUGUCGUCCGAGGAAGAACCCCCAACACCAUUGGCAAGGGAAUUGGGGUCACAACCUGGAUCGUCAGAACGGAUGGCUCGAACCGACUGGCUCCCCUCGGAUCAGUGGGUGAGCUCUGGCUGGAAGGGCCCCAGGUGGCUAGAGGCUAUCUUGGAGAUGAGAUCAGGACCGCUGCGUCUUUCGUUGAAAGGCCCCGUUGGACACAGGCCCAAGGCCCAGUUUGUCGGUUCUACCGCACAGGUGAUCUGGCUCGUUAUGAUGCUGACGGCGCGUUGAUUUUCGUCAGUCGGAUCGACUCCCAAGUCAAGAUCCGCGGUCAACGGACAGAAUUGGGCGAGAUCGAGCACAGCAUUCAGAGAGCACUUCUAGCGGGCGACCUGAAGGCCCAGGUUGUGGUGGAUGUCUUUAAACCCCACAGGAGCAAUAAUCCAGUCCUUGUCGCGUUCAUGCAGACCGAGGAAGAGGAUGCUUGGCAGAAGCUGAUGGGCGUGAACGAGCACCUUGCCCGACUUGUACCUGAAUACAUGAUUCCCACUGUUUACGUUCCCGUCGACACGUUCCCAAUGACAGCGACUGGGAAGAUUCACCGCCAAUCUCUGCGAAUGAUCUACACAAAGAUGACGCUUGAGCAGCUGGUGGCACGAGAUGCCUUACGUGUGUCCGCUCAUCGCAUGCCGAAUAGUGCAUCCGAGAAGCUGCUUCAGGUCCUGUGGGCAGAGGUUCUCCAUAUUGAUGCGGAUAUAAUCUCAGCCGAAGACAGCUUUCUCCGAAUUGGUGGCGAUUCACUGGGCGUGAUGCGGUUGGUCAAUGCAGCGAGACAACAAAAUAUAACCCUCAGUGUCGCCGAUGUCAUCCAGCAGCCCAAGUUGAGCGCUCUUGCAAAGUUAGUCGAAGCGCAGAGUCCAAUGGUACAGCCUCAGAAUGUCCCUAUUGAGGCGUUCUCGCUCCUCGGCGGGCAUAUUUCCCGCGAUGAAGCCAAGGAUCAGGCCGCAUCCCUUUGCAAUGUUGAGAUCACGGAAGUGGAAGACAUUUUCCCUUGUACACCAUUGCAGGCCGGACUGAUGGCACAAAGUGUCUCACAUCCCGGAAAUAAUGUCCUGACAGAAACCCUGGCGUUGAGAAAGGAUGUCGACAUAGUCCGCUUGGAAGCCGCAUGGCAGAGGGUUAUUCAGGCGAACCCGAUUCUCCGAACCAGAAUUGUUGAUUUUGGGCAGCAGGGCCUUGUCCAAGUGGUAAUCUGCUACAAACAGGGUGAGAUCGAAGCAGGGCAAACCGCGCAAAGCUUUGGCCUCGGUACGCCUCUACUUUCCUACCAGAUUGACGCGUCCGGCUUUACCUGGAGUAUCCAUCAUGCUCUGUAUGACGGAUGGUCUCUUCCGCUGAUCUUCGAGUCCCUUGCGCAGAGCUACCAAUCAGAAACCGUCCAGGGACCCCCUCUCUUCCAGGCCUUUGUGAAGCAUAUACAGAAUGCCAAUAAAGCUGAGGCACAAGAGUUCUGGAAGGACCAGUUCAGUGAUUUCAAUGCCCAGGCAUUUCCUAUCCUUCCUUCUCCCACCUACAAGCCGAAAUGCGACCAAACCCUACAGCUUGUUAUUAGGGACGUCGCCUGGGAUGGUGACUACACUGCAGGAACCAUGAUCCGACUAGCUUGGGCUAUUUUACUCGCCACCAUCAUGAAUUCCCCUGAUGCCUCGUUUGGAACAACUGUCUUUGGCAGACAAGCCAAUAUACCCGGUAUUGAGAAGAUCACGGGACCUACGUUCGCUACAGUGCCCUUGCGGAUUGCCAUUGAUCGUUCCAAGCCGGUGCGUGAGUUACUGCAGCAGGUACAGCUGCAGGCAGCCAAUAUGAUGCCAUACGAGCAAUUUGGCCUGCAGAACAUUCAGCGGAUCAAUGAGGAUUGCAACUUGGGAUGCCAGUUCCAAUCCCUAAUGAUUAUUCAACCUGGAGGCAAGGAUGUCAUAGCAGAGACCUUGUUUGAGCCCAAACUAGUGUCAGCCAGGGAGAAGAUUGACCCAUUAAAGCUCUAUGCUAUCUGUUUGGAGUUCGUGCUAGCACCAAAUAGCGUGCUCUUGCGCGCCGACUAUGACUCCAAUGUCGUGUCUCCAACUCAAUUCCGUCGCCUGGCAGCUCGUUUCGAGGGUAUUUUGCGACAACUUUGCUCGGGUCAGGUCCGGGAUCAGCCUCUCUUUUUGCUGAAUACAAGUAGUUUAGAGGAUGAGAAAAAGAUCUGGAGCUGGAACAACACCGUCCUCGAAAGAUCCAGCCAAACCGUUCACGCAAUUUUCAGUCAGGUCGCCGCAAGUCAGCCUGAAGCCCCAGCAGUUUGUUCCUGGGAUGGCGAAUUUACCUACGGCCAGGUGGAAAAGUUUUCCACCUCCAUUGCUCACGAAUUGCUGCGCGCGGGCCUCCCGCAAACCGGUCAACGCAUUGUGCCCUUGUUUUUCGAGAAGUCGAAGUGGACUUCGGUGUGCCAACUCGCCGUUAUGAAGGCAAAUGGCACUUCGGUAGGACUAGAUAUCACGUUGCCUGUGGGCCGUCUGCAGACGGUGAUAGACUUGGUCCAACCUCAAAUUAUCCUCGCUUCAUCGGAACAGGAAGCUAAAGCACGACAGAUGGCACCCUCAGAGGCACGGAUCAUCGUUGUUAGUGACGCUCACUUGUAUAAAUUACAACACAUACCCGAUCUACUUCCAGCAGUGGAUCCGGAUACAUGGCUCUAUGUGGUCUUUACUUCGGGCUCGACUGGCACUCCUAAGGGGGCGAUCAUCAGCCACUCGAAUAUCACCAGCGCGCUGAAGUAUGGCCAAGCGGUGAUGGAGUUUGGCCCUCAUUCGCGUACCUAUGACUUUGUCUCGUAUUCGUUCGACGUCUCCUGGUUGAACGUGCUCUUUACCCUCUGCGCUGGCGGCUGUCUUUGUGUUCCCUCUCAGUAUGAGAUUCAAAAUGAGCCUAAAGAGGCCAUCGCUCGUCGUCGGGCCAAUACCAGCGUCAUGACACCAACGGUGGGCAAAUUGCUCCACGGGUCCGAUUUGAAAGUCGUCAACUUCGGGGGCGAGAACCUCCCGCGAGAGGAGAUCAACUACUGGAAGGAUCGUGCUCGAAUCUUCCACUCGUACGGGCCCUCAGAAUGCACCCCAAUUGUCAUCUCUCACAUCCUUGACCCCGAGCGCAAUCAGAUAGUUAUGGGCAAAGGUCUCGGGGUCCGGACCUGGAUCGUUGAGCCUGAGCGUGGGCAAUCGCUAGCAGCGGUGGAUGACAUUGGCGAGCUUUGGCUCGAGGGACCUUUAGUCGGUCAAGGCUAUCUAGGUGAGCCCGAGAAAACUGAGGCGGCAUUUUUCCGAAACCCCACCUGGCUCACCAAAGGUGGACCUGGCUAUCCUGGCCGUCCAGGCCGUCUGUAUCGGACAGGAGACCUAGUUCGAUAUGAUGAAGAUGGCAGCCUCCGUUUCAUGGGGCGCAGGGACACUCAGAUCAAGAUCCGUGGUCAGCGAGUGGAGAUUGAAGAAAUUGAGCACCAUCUAAGCAAUUCAAUUGAAGAUGCGACAGCCACUGAGGUGGUCAUUGAUGUUGUCAAGCCGGCCCAGUUAGUGGAAUCGGUCCUAGUCGCCUUCAUCCUACCCACCGAUAAGACCAUCAUCCCUGACACUCCACGGGCACAGGCCUACAUACAGGAACUCGCGGUAUCCGUGAGAGACCGUCUAUCUCUCAAGUUAGCCCGAUAUAUGAUUCCACAAGGCUAUGUGGUUGUAGAUCACAUUCCCAAGACGACAUCUGGAAAGGUCGAUCGGGGGAAGUUACGCAAAUUGGCAUCUGCCAUGCCAAAGGAGUCGUUGCUCCAGGUCGCACGUCGUGCUCCUGAAACGCCAGAUGAGCGUAAGCUCCAUGGGAUUGUUGCCCAGGUGCUGGCUCGUGACGAAGAGACAUUUGGCCUGAACAACAACUUCAUCCAGCUGGGAGGUGACUCGAUCAGCGCCAUGAGACUCGCUCGAAUGGCGCGUGAAAGCGGAUUUAGAGUUACUGUUGCGGACAUUCUUGCGAAAGACCGGCUGGCUGAACUUCUCCAGGACGACGGAGGGGCUGUCUACGAAGGCGAGACCCCCCAUGUGCCUUUCGCUUUGGUCGAUGUGCCACACCCGAGCACCUUCAUUAAGGAAAAAUUGAUGCCACAGGUGCAAGCUGGUCACGGUACGCUGGUUGAUGUUCUGUUAGCGACAGACAUGCAGUCUACUUACCUCCGAGAUAACCUGCAUACGCCGCGGCGCUCCUGGUUUUACAGUUAUAUUGACUUUGCGCAAAUCUCCGAUGAGCCCCGUCUCAUUCAAAGUUGCAAGGCCUUGGUGUCUCAGUGCGAUAUCUAUCGAACAGCCUUUGCCCACUCGGAAGGAUCAUUCUACCAACUCGUCUUUGAUUCAUGGGAGCCUGUUGUAAACCUCAUGGAAGACGUUCCCAGCCUUGAAGCUGCAUUUGACAAACUAGUAGGAGAAGAGAUGCGUUCUCCGGUCUCGCUCGGAGCUCCGCUGCUGCAGUUGACGAUCAUUCGCGCAAGAGACAGACAGGCCAAGCUCGUCUUCGGCAUGUCGCAUGCCAUCUACGACGCCAUCAGCCUUGGCCACACCGUUCAACUGCUAGCUGAGAUUUACCGGGGUGCCCCGCGGAAUAUCCAGCCCUUCAAAGACUAUGUUGGCUACUUACACUCGCGAAAGGCUGACAGCUACACCUACUGGCGGAAGACUCUACAAGGCUCCUCCAUGACCCGAAUUCCAUCCAUCGCUACCCCGGAUGGCCCACCUACCGUCAUAACCCGUUCGAUCCCCAUGCCCACACCCCCAUCAGGCAUCACACCCGCAUCUCUCUUCAGCCUGGCCUGCGCUACUGCCCUCCGUCGCUCGACAGGCUUUGAAGAUAUUGUCUUCGGUCUGGUCGUCUCCGGUCGUGCCAGCGUGCCUGCAUCUGUGGCGAACGCUGUUGGCCCAUAUCUGAACCGCGUGCCAGUGCGAAUCCAGUUCACAGCCGGGCAGAGCACCACUGAACGACUCGCCACAAUUCAAAGACAGUACACGGAGAGUCUAGCGCACGAGGGUACUGGCCUAUCGGAGAUUGUGCAGCACUGCGCCACCCACUGGCCACGCGACACGACCGACUUCGGCUGUUGGGUCCAGUUUCAGAAUGUUGAGGAGCAUCCCAUGGCUGAUCUACCAGGGGCUAUCGGGGGACUUGGGCACAAGGAAAUGUGGACCAUCCCUUUCGCAGCUGAUUUCCUAGAGAUCUUCGCGAUUCCCGGUGAGGAGGGCACGCUACAGGUCAGGCUGAUUGCCGGUCCCGGGUAUGCCAUGGAUUCGAUCGUGGAGCUUUUGGAGGGCGUUUGCAUUGGGUUAGAAUAG